UGAGCGCGGCGAGGGGCCAAAUGCUGGCCCUCUCUUCGCCUCUCCCUCUCUCCUGGUGCUCUCCUUCCAUCUGGGUCUAGGGUUUCAGCCAUCAACGUCCAAAUCAUUCCCAAAAGCAUCUUAUCUUCGAGAGAAGGUAAUCUAUUCGCCGCAUUUGGAAUCUUUUCCAAGAUUUCCACCGUUUUGGAACCGUACUCUUUUCUCGACCUCCAAUUACCAUCUGAGAGUUGGUGUCUCUCUCUUUCUUGCACGGGGAAUCCGAUACUCCUGCUGCUAUAUAAGCAAUCGGGGCUUGUAGAGGGAGAAACAGAAACAAGAGCUUACAAUUUUCAUUGUUCAGUCUUUGUUUCUGAGGAAAUGAGCUCGGCGGCGCUGGGAGCAGUUUCUGUGGAUGUCGGAAGCCUACAAAAGCAGAACGAAGUGGGGAGACUGAAAGUAAGGAGACGGAGUGGAUUAGUGCUUCGGGUGAGAGCAUCCGUGGCUUCGUCGCAGCAAAGCUUGCAGCUUGCAAAGGGCAAGACACAGAAAUCAGAGAAAACGGUCCAAAUUGGGGUCUUGGGGGCCAGUGGUUAUACUGGGGCCGAGAUUAUUCGGCUCCUGGCAAACCAUCCUCAGUUUGGCAUUAUGCUCAUGACUGCUGAUAGAAAAGCUGGUCAAUCAAUUGGAUCGGUAUUUCCUCACUUGAUCACACAGGACUUGCCUGAUAUGAUUGCUGUUAAAGAUGCAGAUUUUUCUGAUGUGGAUGCUGUAUUUUGUUGUUUGCCACAUGGAACAACACAGGAAAUCAUCAAAGGCCUCCCUAAGGGGCUGAAGAUUGUUGAUCUCUCUGCAGAUUUUCGUCUGCGUGAUAUUGAUGAAUAUGAAGAAUGGUAUGGUCUUCCUCAUAAAGCACCAGAAUUGCAGAAAGAGGCCAUAUAUGGGCUGACAGAAGUUUCAAGGGAUGAAAUCCGAAAUGCACGUCUUAUUGCAAACCCUGGAUGUUAUCCAACAUCCAUCCAACUUCCUCUCAUUCCAUUGAUCAAGGCUCACCUGAUAGAACUGACAAAUAUCAUUAUUGAUGCAAAGUCUGGUGUCAGUGGAGCAGGACGUGGAGCCAAGGAGGCAAACCUUUACACUGAAAUUUCUGAAGGCAUUCAUUCUUAUGGACUUACCAAGCAUCGCCAUGUUCCGGAAAUCGAACAAGGACUGUCUGAUGCUUCACAUUCUAAAGUCACAGUUAGCUUCACUCCUCAUCUGAUGCCUAUGAGCCGUGGAAUGCAGUCAACUAUAUACGUCCAAAUGGCACCUGGGGUGACUAUUGAGGACUUGUACCAACAACUGAAGACUACUUAUGAGGGCGAAGAAUUCGUUAAAUUGUUGGGGAAGGGUUCUGUCCCUCACACACGUCAUGUCCGGGGGUCGAACUACUGUUUCAUGAAUGUCUUCCAAGAUCGAAUUCCAGGGAGAGCAAUUAUAAUUUCUGCCAUUGACAACUUAGUAAAAGGAGCAUCUGGUCAAGCCAUACAGAACCUUAAUUUGAUGAUGGGAUUUGCCGAGAACAUGGGGCUCCAGUACCAGCCACUGUUUCCUUAAUGUAAACAGAGGAGAUGGUCAAGGGCUAUCAGCCUGGCUUCAAGUUAGGUGCUUGCAAGCCUGCUAACAUUGCAGGCAGGUGAUAAGCAAUGGAUUUUCUUGCUGGUGUUGCAUCAAUUUUGAAGUAAUCUUCUUUGCCCGUAGCAUGUGAUGUAAUUUUAAGUUACCAAAUGUAACAUGGUAAAUUAAUAACUAGUAAAUAUGUACCAGCUGAAAAAUUGCCAUUGGAUGAAAGAAUAAAAUUUGGUUGACUAGUGCAACCAAUUAUGCUUGCUGUUUUUUC